GCAUUCAAAUAUGCAAUGCAGAUCCAUAACCAGAACAUAUCGUCGCGCAGAUUCGAACUACAAGCGUAUGUGAACGUCAUCAAUACAGCUGACGCAUUCAAAUUGUCGCGCCUCAUUUGCAACCAGUUUUCGCUGGGAGUGUUUGCGAUGUUGGGCGCCGUCUCACCCGAUUCUUUUGACACUCUUCAUUCUUAUUCGAACACCUUUCAGAUGCCAUUUGUUACACCGUGGUUUCCAGAAAAGGUGCUAACGCCGUCGUCUGGCUUCCUCGACUACGCGAUCAGUAUGCGCCCCGACUACCACCAGGCGAUCAUCGACACGGUGCGAUACUACGGCUGGAAGAAGAUCAUCUAUUUGUACGAUUCGCAUGACGGACUGCUGCGCCUGCAACAGAUCUACCAGGGCCUCCGUCCGGGCAACCAAUCGUUCCAAGUGGAACUAGUUAAACGUGUCGGCAACGUGUCUGAUGCAAUGGACUACCUGCGCACCAUCGAGGACAUCAGCCGGUGGAGCCACAAAUACGUGGUGCUCGAUUGUCCCACGGACAUGGCCAAAGAGAUAGUAGUCAGUCACGUGCGCGACAUCGCUCUAGGAAAAAGGACGUACCACUAUCUGCUGAGCGGACUGAUAAUGGAUGACAGUUGGGAAAGCGAAGUGAUCGAAUAUGGAGCAAUCAAUAUAACCGGCUUUCGCAUCGUAGACACGUCUAGACGCUACGUCAAAGAUUUCCUCGACGCACGUAGGCGAAUGGAUCCGCAAGUUGCGCAAAGUCCAGGAAGAGAUUCAAUUUCAGCUCAGGCCGCUUUGAUGUACGACGCGGUCUUCGUCCUGGUGGAGGCGUUCAACAAGAUGCUGCGCAAGAAGCCGGACACGUUCCGCGGUAGCGUGAAACGUGGCGGCCCCACCAACGGUUCCCGAGGCCUCGACUGUAACACGACGAGAGGCUGGGAACACGGCGACAAGAUAUCGCGCGUGCUGAGAAAGGUGGAAUUGGAAGGUCUGACAGGUGAGAUCCGUUUCAACGAAGACGGGCGCCGUCAAAACUACAGUUUACAAGUUAUGGAAAUGAGCACGUCCAGCGCGAUGGUCAAAGUAGCCGAUUGGACGGACCAGUCCGGGUUAGCGCCGGUUGUGGCUAAAUUUACGCGUCCGAGAAACCAGGAAAUUGAACGGAAUAAGACAUAUAUCGUUACCACUAUAGUUGAAGAACCUUACAUAAUGAUGAGGAAGCCGGACCACGGAGAAACACUUGUCGGCAACGAGAGGUUCGAAGGAUAUUGCAAAGAUUUAGCGGAUCUGCUGGCGAAGCGACUGGGAAUCACAUAUGAGCUGCGAAUCGUCAAGGACGGCAACUACGGAGCAGAGAAUCCCGAUGUCAAAGGAGGCUGGGAUGGCAUGGUCGGAGAGCUUAUACGUCACGAAGCAGAUAUGGCAAUAGCUUCAAUGACCAUUACGUCGGAGAGGGAACGUGUGAUUGACUUCAGCAAACCGUUCAUGUCGUUGGGCAUAUCCAUCAUGAUCAAAAAACCAGUCAAGCAGAAACCAGGAGUCUUUAGUUUCCUUAAUCCGCUUUCUAAAGAAAUUUGGGUUUGCGUGAUAUUCAGUUACAUCGGCGUCAGUAUUGUUCUAUUUAUGGUGUCGCGGUUCUCACCAUACGAGUGGCGUCUGCUGCACUUGGCAGGGGACACGCACGAGCCACUGCCGUCAUCGCAAGGCGUUCAACAUUCUAUGGCCAACGACUUCAGCAUAUUGAACUCGCUCUGGUUCUCCCUCGGAGCAUUCAUGCAACAAGGAUGCGACAUAUCACCAAGAUCCAUAUCAGGUCGUAUCGUUGGCAGUGUUUGGUGGUUUUUCACUCUGAUUCUGAUAAGUUCGUAUACUGCCAAUUUGGCCGCGUUUUUAACAGUCGAACGAAUGGUGGCGCCUAUUAACUCACCGGAAGAUUUGGCGUCCCAGACUGAAGUCCAAUAUGGUACAUUAUAUCAUGGGUCAACGUGGAACUUCUUUAGACGUUCGCAGAUAUCUCUGUACAGCAAAAUGUGGGAGUUCAUGAACAGUCGCAAACACGUGUUCGUCAACUCGUACGACGAAGGCAUUGCACGAGUCCGAAAAUCAAAAGGAAAAUACGCCCUUUUGAUAGAAUCACCGAAAAACGACUACACGAAUGAAAGACAGCCCUGCGAUACCAUGAAAGUUGGAAACAAUUUAGACUCGAAAGGUUUCGGCGUGGCCACUCCAUUAGGAUCGCCAUUGAGGGAGAGCGUCAAUUUAGAAAUAUUAUCCUUAAAGGAGAACGGAGAAUUAACAAAGCUUUCGAAUAAAUGGUGGUACGACCGGACCGAGUGCAGGCACGGCGACAAACAAGACGCAUCCCGGAACGAAUUAUCCUUGAGCAACGUAGCCGGAAUUUUCUACAUCCUGAUAGGCGGCUUGCUCGUCGCACUGGCGGUUGCGCUACUCGAGUUCUGCUACAAGAGUCACACGGAGGCCGCACGCGCCAAGAUUCCGCUUUCGGACGCGAUGAAGGCCAAGGCGCGGCUCACCAUAGCGGGCGGACGAGAUUUCGACAACGGACGCUACUACUCUCCAGCCAACCAGAUAGCUGGGAAUCCUGAAGGGGAAACGAUGCACCCAAAUACCCACACGCAAGUCUGAUCUUGUCGUCAGGGUCGCGCGGGGCUGACGGCGGGCCAACUGUGAAAACGCAGGUCCAGCAAGAACCUUGACCUUGAGACUGGUGAUACGCGCAACGUGUGAAUGAUCUGGUGAUAUGCCGAAUGU